CAGGCACAUCAUAAUAUCUACAUAGUUCGCAAAAAAAGAAAUCAGAAUGGUUUUCUCGCGUGUAAGAUUUGGAUCUUGCGUGUGGGUUGUGUUGUGUGUCCGUCAGAUUUGCAGCAUUUUUGCAAGCUUUGGCGUGACAGACGAGCACAGCGCCCCGCUUGGACUGUUCGUCCUAGCCGCAGACCGAGGAAACGAACGGAACGCAGCUCCAAGCUCGAGAACCUCGCCAAAAAUUACUUUCCAGAGUCUGUUCGGAACUCCUGGGCAGUCAUCUACUGGUGGUGCAAGACGUGCUUCCGCGCUCGGGUCAUCUUCACCGUUUCGACCUGAUGUUGCCAGUGGAAGUGCCGCGCAUUCACUAGCACUGCAGGACGCGUCUCCACCUGCAGCGGAAACCGAUUUUGAUUUGCGAUCCGGCGCGGGCACAGGAGGUCGGAGAAGUACAACCUGGGCGAGCACUAGCACUGGAGCUGGCCUUGCUCCUGCACGAGCCUCCACCAAUAUCAAACGACUUUUUUGAUUUGAUGAUCACCUUUGUUAGCUCGUGGUAAUGGUGAUCAUCAAACGAUUUUUUUGAUUUGAUGAUCACCAUUCAACUAGGGUCUUUUUGCUUCAUGAUCAGUGAUUCGACUCUCAUUUAGAUCAGUGUUUUUCUGUCGUCUUCCGACACUCAUUUCCGACAACGCGUUUCUUUGCGAGAAAUGCAGCACGUUGUCGAAGAAGAUGAAGAAGCAACGCCUUGCUAUAGUAUGCUCUGCGCCAGUUCCUUGAAGGCCCGGAAGCCCUGGCUCCAGGCUGGGCCUGCAAAUUACAAGUGGGGCAGCCGCUCACAGUUCGGGGCCCGAGGCCGGUGCAGGAACUGGCAGCCAGGCUCGAGGCGGUGCAGCGCUGUGGCUGCUUUGGGAGUUCUGCGCCCUUCUCAGGUGAGCCGGCUCCGCGGCUGCGCCGGGCGGGGCAUGCGCUUCGUCGCCGGGCGAAGUUUAUAUAUAUUUGGCGGCGCUGCUUUUGUUCUCUCUUGGCAGGCGCUAGGCCGGGGCCCUGCGUGAUGGCAUAGCGAGUGUUUAUCGCGGUCCGUGCCUGCGCCGACUAUGAGAGACUCGCCGCAGGAGCUGCCGCGGCCGUGCAGCAAGGUGCCUCGCCGUCUUCAUGUUGAAGCCGGGGCGCGAAAGUCGCGCCGCGUUCUUUCCCUUCACCAAACUGCGUCGUGCCGUCGGUGCAAAUUAAGAACCGACGGCAUGGCCUCCGUUGCUUGUUGCUAGUACUUACGUAUCGGAGCCGCUUCUCCGCCGGCUCCGUGUAUUUGCUGCCCUUGGCGGCACGCAAAAGCCAGCCGUCAUCGGAUUUAAGUGCGUGAACCGGGCCCCCGGCCCGUCGAUGCCUUGACGCAUUCGCGGCAGGCGGGCAAGGUCGAGGCACAGAGCCGGGCCCGAACCAGGCGGGGGAUGGCAGUCCAAACGAACCGGCUCUACGCUAUGGCCCCGACCCUCUUCAAGCGCCGCGCCCCGGCCGAGGUAAGAGCGCUCGACGACCAAAACGCGUGGGCGCUCGUGGCCAGACGGGAAGAGUGGUUUCAUGCGCCCAGCAACCAUGAAAACUAAGCACCUGGGGCCCCCGAAGCGUCCGGCCAUUGUCGGCCUUUCCCAUCUCCAGCACUGCUCGCAUAAUGUGCGCAGUGAACACUGCCACACUCUGCGAAAAGCUGCGCCAUUUUUUCGGUCCGUUAAAAAACAAACCCGUUCCGCGAGGGUGUGCUGCGAUUUUUCUUUGGUAGAUGAUCACUGUCGGCGAUCACCAUUUCUCCUUCUAUAACUGGAGCUGGCCUUGUUCCUGCACGAGCCUCCACCGAUAACAAUGGGCCGCUGCCGUCUGCUUCCGCUUCGUCUUCUGCAGCUCUUCCUGUAGUUGGAGCUAUUUCUGGAGAAGAGGCACCAGGGCCAGGUGGUCGCGCGGCAUCGUCUUCUUUGACCGAGAAUUCUUCUACAGUUGAUGCACUUCGGGAAGCGGUGGAGAGGACGUCCCUGGGCGUAGGCAAUCCAUUGCCAACUUCCACUGGCACGAAUCAGGAGGAGAGGACCAGCGUAGAACUACACACCGGAGCUGUGGGAGAGCGAGGUAGUACUGCUCUGCAGGGAACUACUGUGCUGCCAAGCGCAAGCCCAAGGACGGACCACGACGAGAGCCUAGAAUUCCUGAAGCCGGAGAAAGUGCGGGAAGCGGCCAGGAACGCUAGAGAAUAUGGAAGUUUUACCGCGCCGAAGUGGGCAUCUUCACGGGCUCGCGCCCGAGCAACUGGGUCAUCUCAAUCGGCAUCCUCGUCGGGAGGUGCUACUAGUGCCCCAGCAACUUCUCCUGCUGCGCCCCCGUCGAAAUGGGCAUUUCUCCGAAAAAAGCGGGAACAAGCCGAAUUGAAGCGCCUGCAAAAACAGCAAGAAGCGGAGGAGGCAGCGCAGCGAGAGGCUGAGCGGAAGAAAACUUUGCGGGAAAAGCUCGAGCAGGAGGAUCUGGAUAUCUUGCUGUCCGACGAGCGGGGUCUAGACACGCAAUAUAGACGACGCAUCGAACUGGAGAAGCUGGCUUUUCAAGUUUGCCUCGGCGAAUUGUCCGUCGCACCGGCUUCACGUCCACGUGGUGCAGCGCUGACUAAAGGUGGAUCGAAAAACGCUGUUUUUGAACACGAUAGCCUCGAGCUUGAGGAACAAAAGCGCCACCUUGCCUACCGCAAACGCCUUUUCUGCCAGGCAGUAGGGGAGAGUUACAAGAAUCCUUUUCCCAGCAACCCACGACAGGGGGCGACGAGGUUAUCUCUGCCCGUGCACGACGAUUAUGUGGAAGGGUUUGACACAGACACGACAUUAUCACCAAGCGGGGGAACAAGCGGAAGGGGAACCUUCCAAGAGCUCCAGGCACGGUCUUUGGAGCCGCUACCAUUGAUUGAGUGUGCGCUUUUGCACUGUGAAACCGCGGAGGUUCAAAAUUUGCAGUUCUGGGCCCCGCUUGACGUGCCAGACGGGACGUUGGUGCAGACGCAACCCGCGUUGCUGCGCGUCCGAACGCACAUUGACAAGCAAAAGUCGCAGGAGCGCGAAACCGAAGUGCAGCAAGGAUGGCUUUUGCGCGGGCUAGAUCCGGCGCAACGUCAGGACCGUUCUUUCGAGAAGCCAGUGCUUUUUCCCUUCUCUCCACUCGGCUACCUGCUAUCCUACUUUCCGCGCGGACCUGACGCGAUCGAUCCGGACGGACAAGUGGGGUGGCCUUCCCUGCCCGUUCGAGAAGAUCAGCACCAUUUGAGUGCGCGUUACUUUCCCUGGGAUGAGAGCUUUGUCUCUGCUUCUUCACAACGAGGAACGGGCCAAGAAACAGCAGCAGACCGCUCCCUCCUCUGGUCUCUCCGCGCGACGAAAUACGGCAGACUAGACGCACGGGUGCGGGAGCUGAAGACCAAAUUGCUCUUCAGAAAUGUGUGGAAUUUGGAGGGCGCAGACAAACUCGAUGCGGUGUUGUCUACGCUUGACUUUGAUCAGCAACUUGAUUCGAGGAACUCAACUACUUCUGCACAGCAACUCGGUCGUGCAAUGACAGAAAGAACUACAACGCAACAUCAAAGGGCCGACCCAGACGAGUCGGCUUUUCCAUCAGCAGGAUCUCUAAGCCUGGCACCUCUACCAGUUGGUCAACAUCAGUACCGGCCAGCCCGUGAUCAAUAUCCUAGCGGCGCCGCUUCCUCCUCUGGUGAAGGUGUCGCGAUUUUCGCGACCGGUCUCCCAGAGGAAGCGCGUACAAGUCUACCUACGCCAGCACCAACAGCUGUUGAGGCAGCCACAACUGGUAACUCUAGUACUCGCAGCACAGAGCACGGCCAGUCGCAGCUGUCCACAGCAGGAGCUGUCGAUGCGGUCGAAGCGGAGCGUAUUCUCGCCCGAGAGCUGAUCGAGCAGCGCAAAGCGCAAAUCAAAAACGCGAUCGAAGGGACGAAGGAAUACAUGGCUAGACACUUGCUCAAUCUCGCGAAUCUGGACCCCCAAGUGGACCGCAGUUGUGCGCACAGCUUUUCCCCCGACAGCGCAGCCGAUAACUUCAAGCAGGUUGUGAAACUGGUGCGCCAAGUGCCGUCAGUCAUCGACUACAGUGCUGAUCGGCACGGCAUUUUGGCCGACCACACAGCUGCAGCUGCAGCUGCCGAGGAUAUUGGCGUUGGUAAUACGCCGCGGGGACGGACGGGAAUGGAUUCGUUUAUUUCCGAGGCUCCGUCUCCUGUCGGCAGCUCGUCUGGACGAUCACAGCGUCGGUCAGCCGCAAGCCGGGCUGGUUCCUUUGGCGGUGCUGGGGCUGGUGCUAGGAACGCUACAGAGCAAAUCCUUGGUGCAGCUACACCUCAAUAUCAGCAACUAUCCGUAGUACCUGCGAAGCAGCAGCCCCGCCUUCUUGUGCGCGCGAUUGCGAUCGGAGCAUUUGAGGCUGCGUGUGCGCUGCAAGCAUUUGGUGCAAGGGCGCUGCUGAAGAGGGAGAUGAACCUGUUUGAGCAGAACGUGUUGAAGACGAAGAAACAGACUGGCGAAGGACUGUUCGACGGCCCUGCGCAUGCAUUUUGGAAAACCGCGCGGAAUAACUUGAAAGAGUGGCAAAGACUGCACGGCUGUGAUAGUAGCGCGACCCCGACCCCCCGGAGCGCGAGAAGCAUUUCGUCCUGUGGUAGUAGUUCUGUUCUUGCGGCACAGCAGAUCGGGAGGCAGUCGACCGCGACGACAGAUGUUCAUAACUCGAACUCCACAGAAGAUGAUGCCUCAGACGUCACGCAACCUUACUCCGCAGCUUCCACGCCGACUCGAGAUCCUGUCGGGAGGAGUGGACCAGCAGCGCCCGUUAGCAGAAGUGCAAGUGGCAAUUUGAGUUUUUUCGGGUCCUUUGUCGGGCGGGGGCCAGGAUGACCAAUGGAUUGGGAUUCAUCCAGUUCAAGGGAUAAUUCAUCCACUGCGACCGGGACCGCUAGCCGGGGUACAAAACCAUUGUCGCGUCCCCUUGCUUACAGUUAUCUGCAGAAAAUUUCUGCGAAGUAAGAUCCAGUAUGAAACCUGAAAGUCUGUCCCUGUCGUGUAUGAUUUUUGAGCCAGACCGAGACCAUGGUGUGACGUACGAAUUUAUGGAAAAAGUAUAUGUGAUUCGAUUGUGUGAAGUACAAGAGGUCGAUGAAAGAGCAAAAAGAUGCGUCUCCACGCCAGUGUAGAAUAUGUGACAGCAAUGAUUUAGAUCGGGAAGAACAAAAAGGAACUGUACAAAAAUGGGAUCUGACGGAAAAUUCGGACACGAUUUUUAAUCGGAGCGCUGCGAUUCUGGCACAUGUGCUGCAUUCCUGUGUACUGGAAUUUGAAUUUGUUUGCUCCGAUAGUCCGCUUACCCCAGGGAGAAGAGGCGGUGGAAGAGAAGAGAUUGGAAGUAAGUAAAAAGGAUUCGAUCGCGCAGUCAACAGACACCC